GGUCGCCGUCGCUCGCUCCAUCCACACUUGUCUUCCUUCCCCCCGCGUCCGAUCAAUCUCCUUUACUCUUCUCCUCCCAAUUCAUAUCCGCCAAGAUGGUCGUCGCCUUCGACAAGUGCGAGACCCGGCCCGCCAACAUUGAUGCCAUCCUGAACGGCCUCGACCGAUACAACCCCGAAACGACCACGGUAUUCCAGGACUAUGUGGUUCAACAGUGUGAGGACAGGACAUUCGAUUGCUAUGCCAACCUGGCCUUGUUGAAGCUCUACCAAUUCAACCCUCACCUUCUCCAGCCCGAGACCGUCACCAACGUCCUCGUCAAGGCCCUCACCGUCUUCCCCUCUCCCGCUUUCUCCCUCUGCCUUGCCCUGCUCCCUGCCCACACUCAGCCUUUCCCCUCCAACAACGCCGAAGCCCAGGCCGCUUCCCAGACCUCCGACUUCGUCGAGUCGGUUCAGAAGCUUGCCCGUCUUUCCACGCUACUUGAAUCCGCCCAAUACUCCCAGUUCUGGUCUACCCUGAACUCGGAUGACCUGUACGCCGACCUGGUUGCCGACGUUGCCGGCUUCGAGGAGCUUGUGCGCAUCCGUAUCGCCGUCGAGGUCGGCAAGGCCUUCCGUGAGAUCAACGCCGACGUUCUGGAGCAAUGGCUGGAUGUUCCCAACCGCGAGGCCCUCGAGAAGUUUGUCACCGAGGUCUGCAGCUGGGUGGUCGACAAGUCCGGCUCCAGCACCGUGAUCAAGGUGCCCACGAACAAGGAGAACGAGGUCCGCAGCGAGGUCAAGAGCGAGCGCGUCGGCAUCGACAUGUUCGGCCGUGUCAUCCGCCGAGGCUUCGAGCAAGCCGCCUAAAUGGGUGGACUGCGCGACCGAAAUUAGACCAAAAAAAUAACGUCUUUUCUUGCUAAUACCUUUUUUUAUUCUUCCUUCUUGACUUGGAAGAUUCAUUAUAUCCACGGAAUCUUUACAUGCCGUUUAUUAAGACUCCCACAACGCAACAAGAAAAAAACCGCAAAAAAGGACACUGUUCACUUGAACCUAUGCCGACGAAACGAGUUCGGAGCCCAAGAUGAUGAUGACGGGGAUAGACCAGCAUGAAGAGGAUUGGGAAGUCAGGACCGGCGCAUUUGGCGUUUUGAGUUUGCUUCGCAGAACUUGUGUUUAUCAUCAUCGUCAUUCACCGUGUGUGAAAAACAACUCUUUCUCCAUCUACCAUCCUAAGAAGAUAUCCCUAAAAUAACGAAGCAAACUGAGGGUUCCUCUCUGAGGAUCUAUCGAUUUUUACAUUUGUGUAUAUGUAACAGUUUCCAAUCUUAAAU